AUGGACGUGAAGGCGACGGCACUCCUCAAGCUCAUCUACCUCGAAAUGGUGGGCUACGACAUGUCCUGGGCGUCCUUCCACGUGCUCGAAGUUAUGUCAUCUCCCAAGUAUCACCAGAAGCGAGUAGGAUAUCUCGGUGCUGUGCAAAGCUUUCGGCCGGAUACCGAAGUCCUCAUGUUGGCUACCAACCUGCUGAAAAAGGACCUGGGAUCGCCGACUCCAACCGUGAUAUCUCUUCCGAUUGCCGCCCUGCCUCACCUCAUCACUCCUUCUCUCGCGCUCUCAGUACUAGCGGACCUCCUGCCCCGAUUAGGCCACAGCCAUUCCAACAUCCGAAAGAAGACGUUGGUUACUCUCUACCGACUGGCUUUGGUAUAUCCUGAAGCCUUGCGUGCAGCAUGGCCCAAGAUCAAGGAGAGGCUGAUGGAUCCCGACGAAGAUCCCAGUGUCACAGCUGCCAUUGUCAACGUGGUAUGUGAAUUAGGAUGGCGGCGACCACACGAUUUCCUGGCCCUGGCGCCAAGACUCUUCGAGUUGCUGGUGGAAGGUGGCAAUAACUGGAUGUCUAUUAAGCUGAUCAAGCUUUUUGCAACCCUCACACCUUUGGAACCGCGGCUCGUGAGGAAGCUCCUCCCACCUUUAACGACUCUCAUCCGAACAACACCUGCAAUGUCCUUACUAUACGAGUGCAUCAACGGGAUUAUCCAAGGUGGUAUUCUAAGUGCAGACGACUCGGGAUCUGAAGAGAUCGCCACUCUCUGCGUAACGAAGCUGCGAGGUAUGGUCAUGAUCGAUGGCGAUCCAAAUCUGAAAUACGUUGCGCUUCUUGCCUUCAACAAGAUCGUGCUUACACACCCCGAUCUCGUCUCACAACAAGAAGAUGUGAUUUUGGAAUGCAUUGAUAGCCCUGACAUUACUAUCCGGAUCCAAGCCCUGGACCUCGUCCAGGGUAUGGUCACUGGAGACAAUCUGGUAUUCGUCGUAAGCCGAUUGAUGAAACAGCUGAAAUCUGCAGCGUUAGCUGCGGAUGCUCAUGACGCUGGCGGCUCAUCGGCUGACAUGGGCGCUGACUCUGACGAAGAGACGCCGAAUGAAGCAAGCCAGAGCAACCCAGCUUCGGAUCUUCCCGAGGACUACCGUACAGAUGUUAUUGGUAGGAUUCUCUUCAUGUGCUCCAAGGACAACUAUGCAAACAUCCACGACUUUGACUGGUACGUUGAUGUCCUCACUCAACUGGUACGCAUCGCGCCAGUUGUGCGAAACACGGACGACGAUCUUGAGCCAUCUUCGGCAUCGAAACCUUCGACCGACGUGUCGGAGAGGAUUGGGGACGAGCUGAGAAAUGUUGCCGUUAAAGUUAGAGCCAUGAGGGCCACUGUCGUAAGGGCAUCGGAGAUCAUUCUCGCUCAAAUGAACGCUGAUACUCCCGCUGGACAUUCGAUUUCAUCUAGAGCAUUGAAAUCCGUUUGUUGGAUGCUUGGAGAGUAUGCUGUUCAGCUGACCACUCCAGAUGACAGUCUCAACGGCCUUUUGCAACUCAUCCCACGGAGCAGUUUGCCGGAGGUCACGGCCACAGCACUUCAAGCGACAGCCAAGGUGUUUUCGUCUUUGUCUGGGAAUGAGCUUGAACCUUGGACACCAGAAAGGAAAUCUAGGAUUGCCUUACUGAUAGCUCGCAUCAUUAAUUCUCUGGAGCCCCUUGUUUCGCACCCUGCUCUGGAAGUUCAGGGGCGUGCAGUAGAGUUUGUUGAGCUGUUCAAACUGACUGCUGAGGCAGUUUCUGCCCAGGCCGCAUCAAAAGAGGACAAUACUGAGGAUCCGCCACUGUUACUUACCCAGGCUAUACCUGCGCUUUUCGGUGGAUGGGAGUUGAACUCGGUGGCUGCCAAAGCUCAACUCAAUGUCCCCGCACCCGAAGGGCUAGAUUUAGACGAGCCUAUCCAUGCCAACUUGAACCUCCUCCUCUCGGAAGCAAACAGCUGGGCUCGGGAAGAAGACGAAGUGGACGACUUUGACAUUUUCUACCAUCAGCGACCGGCCCCUAGCAGUAUCUCCUCCUCAACUCCCGCAAUUAGCAGGAUCGCCGACCCGGGAGAUGAGGCCGUUGGCUCAUAUCAAGAAGCAUCCGAAGAUAGCUAUCUUGAUGCAGAUAUUGUGGCGAGGAGAAAGGCAGAGCGAAGUGAACGCAACAGGGACGACCCAUUCUAUAUUCCUACACGCAGCGACGUUCCUCGAACAUCUACACCCAUUCACAACAUCCUCCAGGACAACAAUGGCCCUGAUCUUGAUAUCGAUUCGAUUCCUAUCAUGAAGCUGGAUCUGGACAAGAUGGCCACCUCGGCACCCACCCAGCGACCAGCGCCUCGGCCUAGACAGAAGAUGGUUAUCGCUUCGGAUGAGACGCUCGAGGGCAGCGACAGCGGCGGAAUAUCCCGCGCCUACGACUCGGAGAACAACUCGGACAGCUUCACCAAGACCAAGUCGAAGAAGCUGAAGCAGUCGCUCCUCGGCGUCGACUCUAGCACCAUCGGAUCCUUCAGCCUCGAGGGCGAACCCUCCGGCGGGUUCGACCACGAGAGGCAGCAGCGCGAAGACGCCGAGAUGCAGAUGGCCAUGAAGGAGGUCGAGCGGCUGCGGCUGGAGAUGCAGCGCGCCAACGAGAGGAUACAGGUUGCGCAGGGCGUCGACGCCGAGGGCACGACAGUGGUGCGGAAGAAGAAGAAGAAGAAGGCGCCCGUUGCCAAGACGGACGGCACGUCAACCCCCGUCGACGUCAAGCCGAAGAAGAAGAAGAAGGCCAAGCCAGAGGUGGCCGGGGACAGUAAUGGAGGCGGCGUGGGGACCGACGACGUAGAGUCCGUCGUGGUGAAGCCCAAGAAGAAAAAGAAGAAGCCGGCCGAGGUCGCGGUACAGGAAGAUACCUACUAA